AAACACUUUCUCACCGCGCCUGAGACCACAUGAUAGCGCCGCGACACUCAACCAGCAUCACUCCAGAGAAGAAGCGCGGAUUCGUAGAUUGGAUGCACAACACCAACCCCAAGGCACAGAACACGCAAGACCACGCGCUGCAGGAAGCGUCGCAAGAAACCGCACCACGCACAUUCUAUCCGAACACAACCUCUUUAAGUGUUUACUCUCCAAUUCCAUCGACGCAUCAACACGCUCAACCACCACCCCCUGGUUCACAAGCUUUUGUGGCUAGCCAAGUUUCGUAUAAGAGAAUCAUGGUUUUUAGCCCAAACGGAAGCAUUUCUUGCAAUGGAGUCUCGGCGCCGCGACUAGGAAGGCCAAUAUCACAGAUCACACACGAGCCGAUACCACAGCAACAACAACGUCAACAGCUGGCUUCUAGCCUGACGCCACAAGGUUCUCGGUUUGCUCCUCAGUUCGCUGCCAAGUUGCGCAGUAUCUCUGGGCUGACUCAGCAGCAUCAGCUUCUUGAACCUAUCCAACAGCAUCAACAAAGUCAGCAGUACCAAGAUUCGCAGCAGUAUCAGCAGUAUCAGCAGUAUUCGUCAAAUCAAUACCAUCAACCUCAUCAGCAGCAACACCAACCACCUCGGCAAUACCAGCAUCGUCAGCCAGGCCAACCUGACCUGGACCACCUUCUUCGCUCGCGUGCCACUUCAUCCCAACAAAGCUUUCCUCAAAUCAACUCGGUACAAGGCCACGCCGGCCGCAGUCCAUCUAGCGAAGCUCGCUAUCAACCUUACCCGGCGUCCCGAGCUGGUAGUUCCCAAGGCUCGUUGCUGUUCAAUCCACAGAACAAACCGCAAGCUGGGCUACAACAUGAUAGGGCGGCUUCGUAUCCUCGCCCUCAUGUCUCUGCACGGAGCGGCCCCGCUGCUACGCCUUGCGCUUUGCAAUCCGCGGUUCCAACAAGCUUACCUACUUCUCAAAACCUGCUACAGUCUCAGGUCGGUCACGGUUCAUUCCAACCGCAACACCAUGUUGUAUCGCAGCCUUUACCAUCCUGUGGUCUCAAACCGUUCCCGCAUUCGCAUACAUCCGUGCAGGCUCAUGUUCGUCACACAUCGCAAGAAGUCUCGCCUACUAGCUCGGACACACUGCCCCGGAGUUCGCCAUCGUCGCUCCAGGGCCCGGCUCCACCCAAUAGUGCAGCACAGCAUCAGCCGAAUGACGCGCUGCACGCAACAGUGUUUAAAUCACAGGCUGUAUUGCCUACCGUGACCCAAGCUUCCCUGCCUUCUGCUACCCAUGCCCAAUUGGCUCAUGUGUCAGGUCCAUCACCUGCUCAAGUGCCGCCACGCCCCUCAUCACAUGGCGUGUGGCUUCCAGAGCUACACUUAGUCAUAUAUGCGGCCCUUCCUCUUCAGGCAGCUGAUUGUAGUGAAGUCAAUCAUGACAAGCAGAGAGCGCUUCAUGAGAGAGUGCGACGACGUCCCGUAGAGAGGCUGCGUCCGCAUGAGUUCUUGGAUCACCUUACCAUGGAUCACAAUAUAUCAUACAGACCCAGGAUUGCGAAAGUAUACGACAUUCUCUUCAUGCAAGCGCUGCUCUUCCACAAAGACCUUGUCCUGCUCGUCAGUCAAAGAGAGCUGAAGACUCCACGUUGGGAGCCGCCACAAAGCGUCUGGCAUGGAUACGAUGUGUCGACGCUUCCCUCCAAAGUGCCAAUCUGGUACCACGUCAGAAAAGCUAUCAACCAAGUUACUGAUUUCCAACCAAGCGAGGUUGCGCCUUGCGCUGGCUGUGAGCGACACGAUUCACCGGUCGAUAUCGUAAAGACGAACGGCAAGUUGACUCAUGGAUGGGCUGUCGCUUACGCUUUCGACGUCAAGCCUGAAUGUAUCAGGAGUACGCUGCUCGUUCACCGUACUGACCUCGUCAUCGGGUUCUUCAAGGAACAUCAGGUGGAGCAUCUCAAUAUGGAUCCUGUUUGGAAGUCCAAAUUGCUUGAGGUUUUCAAGUCGAGACGCGAGAUUGGCAAGUCCGUCUACAAGUAAGACUCAUUCGAGAUCAACGAGGUUCAUGGGAAGAUUUGACGGCUCAUUGAGUCGGCGUCCGAAUUGUUUUGAGAUCAAAUGGCGUGUGCGAAUUAAGAUACCCUGGCUCCUUUUCCUUGCUUUCUAGGAUUUUUCAGACUCUACAAUGCUAGUUUCCUCGGUAUUGCUU